AUGCUGCGGCGUCUGCUGUGGCUGAUAUGUCUUUUGCUACCCGGCCUUGCGGCCCUGACUGACAAGAAAGUGGACGUGACCCCGACAAGAUUUGACUCGGGUUUGUCGGACAUUCAAUGGCUCCGUCAGGACCACUCGGUAGUGAUGGUGCUUACUACCCGCGGGCAUGUUUGGAGGUCGCCGAAUAGUGGUCGCACGUUCCAGGACAUCACGUACACUGUGGAUAAGACACUGGACAAGUCGGAAGCAGAGUCUGUGACGACACCCAACAAUACCGUGGCUCGUGGCCCUCCAGUCCGUCCUGAGCGGUUCUUUGAGUUUAUCAAGGUACAUCCAACUAACAAGAACUACGCCGUAUUGCUGACGAAAGGAGACCAGACUUACUUAACGAUGAAUGCGGGGAUCACCUGGUACCCGUUGGGUCGUCGGACAUUUGUGCACAACUGGGUAUGGCACCCGUUGCGACCAACACAUGCGCUCAUGUCCGAAUGGACUGCGGGUUGCCGAGGUCGCCGUCCUGGUCCUACGAUUGGAGACUGCAAUCACCAGUUAUAUAUCACGACCAAUGGCGGGCGUACCGUGAGCAAGGUUGCUGAUUUCGUGAUUCAGUAUAAUUGGGGCGAUAAGAGCCUGAAGGAGCAGGCGGAUGCAAUAUUCAUGACGCAGCACACACGUGUGCGCAAACAUCAGCCACGCUGGGGAGGAUGGCAUGCGAACACGGAAUUCGUUAAAUUAACGAAUUGGGGCACUAAACGGCAUGUAUUGGUGCCUGGGGGCAACAAGUUCUUAGUGGCGAAAGAUUUUGUAUUUGUGGCGACGGUAGAUGAUUAUUUGAGACAGACGGUGAGUUUAAUGGUUUCAAGCGACGGAGGACGGAGUUUCAAUAAGGCCCAGAUCCCAAGUUCGAAGAUGAUGGAGAAGAGUUAUACAAUUCUGGACACCUCAGGUGGUAAUGUCCUGAUCCAUGUGAACCACGGUUCAACCUCGCCGGGCAUCCUCGAAGGUAACGUAUAUGUGUCGGACUCGACAGGGACCAAGUUCUCGCUAUCGUUACCGAACAAUAUUAGGGCGGCAACGGGCGAGUGCGAGUUCGAUAAAGUCGUCGGUGUAGAAGGCGUGUAUAUCGCGAACACGCGGAGUGAUUCGGUGCUCGAAGGUGGCGAUGGUGAAGAAGAUUUGCGGCGCGCAGGUGAGGAGGACGAGGAGGGAUCGAUGGGCAUGAUGAAGGCAGCCUCUUCGCGACGGCAGACCAGUCCGGUGGUGCGAACUGUGAUUUCGUUCGACAAGGGAGGGUCUUGGCAAUAUUUGAAACCGCCGACCAAGGACACAUUGGGCAACCGAAUUUCAUGUGAGGACUCUCAAAAAUGCUGGCUUCAUCUACAUGGGAUUACCCACUUCGACCGGUUCGCGCCCUUUUAUUCCAGCGAGAACGCACUCGGUCUCGUCAUGGGUACUGGUAACGUGGGAGCGCAUCUUUCCCGUGACGCCGCAGAUAUCAACACCUACAUUAGCCGGGAUGCUGGUCGUACCUGGGCUGAGGCGCACAAGGGUAGUUACAUUUACGAAUUCGGCGACCACGGCGGACUGGUGGUUAUGGCGCACGACAACAAGAAGACGGGCCAGGUGGUCUUCAGUUGGAACGAGGGUCAAAGUUGGUACGACUUCACGUUGGGUAUGAACGACGUGGCUGUGGACAAUGUGAUCAUCGAGCCAACAUCGACUGGGCUCGAGUUCCUGGUUUAUGGCACGAUUGGUGAGAAGGGCGUUCUGUUCCACACGGACUUUGGCACUCUCAAUCAGCGGCAAUGCAUUGGCAUGACACGCCCCGACAACCCGAGCAAGUUGGACCUUAGCUCGGCGGUCGCCGCCGGCACGGUCGCCGGUACGGUCGCAGCCCCUGUCGGUGCGGAGGGUGUUGUGAAUGCGGAGAACAGCGGGCCGGGACUGGACCAAUUGUCUGGUGGUGGCAGUCCGGCCGGUGGGUCAGAUUACGAGUAUUGGUAUACGUCUCAAGAGGAGCAGAAUUCGCGGUGCAUGCUAGGUCGUCGUGUGAAGUAUGUACGGAAGAAGCCUUAUCGCGAGUGCUUUAACGGGAAGGAUUUUGUCCGAUUGAAGGACAAACAUACUUGCGAGUGUAGUCGUGAGAACUAUAUGUGUGAAACCGGCUUCUUCAGGCCCGUUAACCACGAGACGGAUGCGGAGUGUGAGCCGUCGCCGUAUGAGGAUCGUGAAUAUAUGGCGAUUGAGGGAUGCACGAGUUCAGGUGUGUAUUAUACACAUGCCUGGCGCAAGGUUCCGGGUGAUGAGUGUAAAGGCGGCUGGGCACCUGAGAAGGUGCCGAUGCCAUGCCCGCCUGGCAGUCCAAUGGCUGCACCUGCGCGUGCUACACUUUGGACUGUCGUGCUUAGCGCAGUCGCACUCGGCGCCCUCUCCUGGGCCUCAAAACACCCGCUCCUCAGACCCUACGUCCAACGCGCAGGCCUCGACCAAUUCGUUGAAGUCGGCUACUCCGUUGUUGGUAAAGCCGGCGAGUCAAUGCAACGAGGCGGAGAAGAACUCUUCAACUUCUGGACCGGCAAACCCGAAGACGAAAACGUCACAACCACCGCCGCGCUCACCCUCUCCAACCCUCCUGCCAGCCAUGCAGCUGGCAUCGAGCUCAACACCACUAGACUCGACAUCAUCUGA